AUGUCAAUUAUCAAUUCUAACAUUACUCUCCACAACAAAAGACUCAAGAAAAUUAACAGAUGGUUCAAACAAAUAUUCCUAGAAAUUAAUCCAUCCAAAUCAGUUACAACUUCACUCCCUAAACCAAAUGAGGCCUUGAUUAACAAUACCAAAAUUCCAAACCAAGACAACCAAAGAAUCCUCGGAGGAUAUCUUUUUGAAUCUAAAUUAUUUAAGGAAGAACUAGAAAAAAGGAAACAUAAGAUGAUGAAUAUCCUUAACAUCCUCCCAAUUAAUCUGAUUCAACCAUAUAAUCUCAAACAAGUAGUCACAUCUAAAACCUUAUCCCAAAUUACACACCUUGCACGCAGUAAUUCAAUAAGCCAAUCCCAAAUAGAAUCAUUCGACUCUUCAAUCAGAAACCAAAUCAAAAGAAAACUAAAUAUUGAUGCAAGAACACCUAAAGAAUGCCUAUACUUACCAAACUACCAAGGAGGAAUGGGUAUUCCAUGCCUUGAAAUGAUGACUGAUAUCAUAACCCUAAAAUCAUUAAUUAAUAUCUCAUGUCACAAUUACCAACUCAUGCAAGAAGCGGUAAAUGAUGCUAUCACAUCAACAUUCAACACCAAAAAAUCCAAAAACCUAAAUAUAUUUGAAAACUUCCACCACAUAGCAAGGAAGUAUGAACUUAAAGUUGAUAACUGCAACUACAUACCUCAACUUGUAAAUGAAGAAUCACUAAAAUACCAUAAGAAAUGUAAAAACUUUGAAGUAUGGACUGAUGGAUCUAAAACUGAACAAGGAACUGGAUUUGGUAUUAUUUUACAAAAAUAUAACAACUAG